AUGUUUUUAACUACAGAUACUGCCCAUUGUUUUUGUAUGUACUUCUCAACUGCAAUAGCUGCCGCAGGUGUUGACGGCGGAGGUGUCACCAUCAAAACCAUUAGAAACAACACGACCAAGUCAAUGAUGCAAGUGGAAGUUUUGCCAUGUAAUAGUCGACCGCUGACGCCCUUCCCCAUCAAUUGUUCUUCAUCUUCUAGGUGUAAAGAGUACUACCAGUCUGCAGUUCUGCAAGAGAAGCAAACAAAACAAGAAUACAAUCGCAGGAAGACUCCAAAAAAUGUCCAACCCGAUCGCACUGGCUUAACGGUGCCAAUCAUUCGGAGGCAAAUGAGCUGGCCCGACAAGAAUCCCCAAGAAGCCAAACAGAUUCAGAUCAGUCUCUCGGCAGCUACUGACGAUUCACGACAAUUCAGCAGCUGCCGAUCAACCAUUCACAGUGAACAACCCCUAUUCGUAGCAGAAUGCGAACACAAUGUCAUCAAGCCGGAGUAUCAUCUUGGAUCGAUCAAGUAUCGCAUUCAAUUGUUUGCUAACUACCAUGUGCCAGACGUUCUGCUUGUGCGUUGUGAAAAGCCACUGAAGCCUGGCACGUCCACUGAAUUGAUCCUCAAGCUUACUAACCCAACGAUGUACCAUAUGACCACAACCAUUAUGAAACUGCCAACCAAGGAAGAAGAACGGCGAAUGAUUACUUCGAAUAAAAGUUCAACGAAAGGAACCAAAAUUCACCACUUGGAGAAAGUCCAAUAACGUAACAAUCAAAUUGAACUUCACACCUGAAGAAGGACUGAAACCAGGUGACAUCAUUACCCUUAGUUUUUUGAUGAAAUAUACUUUUGUGAAUACAUACACACGCCCGAAAAGAAAGAACGUCAAAAACACGCAUUAUCAUCGAAAGUUUUUGUAAAAGUUGGUCAAA